GGCACAACUUCCGGAGGGAGGCGGAAGAGCCUCUGGGCUCUGGACUCUGGAGUCCCGGGACGGCUGAGGGGCUACCCCGGGGUACAGGAAAGGGUCGCCGGGGUCGGCCGGCUGCAUUCAGGGUGUCGGGGCCGUGAGUCCGAGGGAUGAGGAGGGGCCAUGGCCAGCGACGGGGCCAGGAAGCAGUUCUGGAAGCGCAGCAACACCAAAGUCCCGGGCAGCAUCCAGCAUGUGUAUGGCGCCCAGCACCCCCCCUUCGACCCACUGUUACAUGGCACCCUGCUCAAGGCCACGCCCAAGGUGCCCACCACACCGGUGAAGGCCAGGAGGACCAGCACCUUCCAGGAGUUUGAGAGCAACACCAGCGACGCCUGGGACGCCAGCGAAGACGACGAUGAGCUCCUGGCCAUGGCGGCCGAGAGCCUGAACACCGAGGUGGUCAUGGAGACGGCCAACCGCGUCCUGCGCAACCACAGCCAGCGGCAGGAGCGCCGCCGGCCGCCCGAGCCUCCCGCGGUGCCGAGCAGUGACCUCCGGCUGGUGAAGUCCGUCAGCGAGAGCCACACGUCCUGUCCUGCAGGUGGGAUGGGGGCACCGAGCAGACGGGAAAGUGCCAGCGACACCGCCCCUUUGCAGAGGUCCCAGUCUCUGCCGCACUCGGUGACCGUCGCACUUGGCGGGACGUCAGACCCCAGCACCCUCAGCAGCUCAGCGUUAAGUGAAAGAGAGGCCUCGCGGCUCGACAAGUUCAAGCAACUUCUGGCCGGUCCCAACACGGACCUCGAGGAAUUGCGGAAGUUGAGCUGGUCCGGAAUCCCUAAGUCGGUUCGUCCAAUUACCUGGAAGCUGCUGUCGGGUUACCUUCCUGCCAACGUGGAGCGAAGACCAGCCACGCUCCAGAGAAAGCAGAAAGAAUAUUUUGCGUUCAUCGAGCACUAUUACGACUCCCGGCACGACGACGCUCACCAGGACACCUACAGGCAGAUCCACAUAGACAUCCCUCGAAUGAGUCCGGAGGCGUUAAUACUUCAACCCAAAGUGACGGAGAUUUUUGAAAGGAUAUUGUUUAUUUGGGCAAUCCGUCACCCUGCCAGUGGAUAUGUCCAGGGGAUCAAUGACCUCGUCACCCCUUUCUUUGUCGUCUUCAUGUGCGAACACAUAGAGGAGGAGGACGUGGAUGCCGCCGACGUCUCCCGCGUGCCCACCGACGUGCUGCGUAACGUGGAGGCCGACACGUACUGGUGCAUGAGCAGGCUGCUGGACGGUAUUCAGGACAACUAUACCUUUGCCCAGCCUGGGAUUCAAAUGAAGGUGAAAAUGUUGGAAGAGCUGGUGAGCCGGAUUGACGGCCCCGGGAUGGCUGGUGUGAACAUUCGCAAUGAUAGCGAUAUUUCACCGGAGACACGGGAGCCUGGCGACCGGCAAAGCGCACGUGUGGCGGCAGUGACGUCGGAUACGGGAGUCGUGUGUUCGCCCAGCGAGGCUGAGUGUGCCGCGUGGGGCCGCGUCCCUGUGCCCGUCUCCCUGGCUCGGGCCAGGACUCUGUCCCCGCACCUGCUGUCUAACUGGAGUAUAUGCCCGGGCUCUGCUUCAGCCUCUGUCACACACCUGAGCGGGGCCUCCGCGGUUGCUAACGGUGGCUGGCGUCUGUUUGGUGGCUGGCGUCUGUUCGGUGGCUGCCGUGGACCAGGCUACAUCCUCAGGUUUUUACCUGUGUUACCAUAUUGACUCCUCACAGUACCUCCAAAGCGGUGGGGUACCGUCCCCGCUGUGAGAGCCGGGGCCCUCUCGGCCGUACCCGCCCCACAGGCUGGGUGAGCUCCGUCCAGCUCCGUGUCCCCUCUAGCUCUUCCUGUCCUGGGUUGGCACUCAACACAGAGAGCCGUCCCAGCUCUCUCCCAUGUCGGGCCAGCAGUGUCCUGUGGGCCCAGAGUCCUGCCUGUCCCUGCCUGUGCCCCAGGAUUUCCUCGGGAGCAGCAGCCUGCAGCCGUGCCAUGGUGAGGCCUGCCACCAGAACCCCCCCUCCCCAACUCGCACGCGGCUCCUCUUAGGACUCCUGGCCAGCGUCUGGUGCCAUCGGUGCCCCACCUGUCACGCCAUCCCAUGGAAGAGGUCGGAAAAUCUGCUGUGCUGUCUCUAAAUAAAAAGUGGGUCCCUUCUCCUGGGUUUGAGCCUGUGCCGGAGUUCUCACCCAGAGAUCCCAGCAGGCAGCAUGGUGCCCGGGGUGCAGACCGUGCCCACCUCAUGGUGGUGUACUGACGGAUAAAGUGUUUCCUGUAGCAUCUUGAACACGAGGGCUCCCGUGGUGUUCGAGGCUUUGAAUUGCUUCCAUGUGGUCUUAGGGUCGAACUCUUGGUUUGCAGAGUGGAUGUUUGUGGGGCGGUGGGUGAGAGCGGUCUCUGGGUACUUAUGUACUCACGGGUCUCCCCUGUGGCUCUCGUUCUGCCUGAGACCCUCCAGUCCCUGUCCUUCUUCCCUUUAACUCAUGGAAGGGGGAUCUGGGGUGUGGACAGGCUCCGUAAUUUGUGCCGCACGACCGCAGUGUAAUUGACUGCUGGUGAUGUGACAGGAAAAUACUGGGUGUGUGGCACAAGUGACUGGGUAAGAGCUGACUGUCUCGUGAUCAUUGAGGUUUGUCUUGCUCGAUGUGAACGUCCCCCCAGUGGACGGAGCCAGGCCCUUGCUUUCCUGUGACCUGCUGGCCCCUUGGAUUUAUUGGCUUCUCCCGCUAAUCGACCAUCAUGCUGGUUGCAGGGACGGUGCUUUCUCUUUGGAGGACCCUUGAUGUGAUAGAUUUCCCACCACCCCCAGAGGUUGUCCGUGUCAUCCGGGGAGGGGCACCUGCCAGAACUUUGAGAUACUGAGCACCACCGUGAGACACGGGAGCCGAGUGGCCCAGGGACUCAGAGGGUCCCUGGCUCCCAGCCCCGCAGCUGUCGCAGCUGGAGACCAGGCAGGUGCCGGACCUCCUCUGCUCUGGCCUCACCCGCACCUGCCAGCUGUAGGUCCCAGCACCGCCCCCCCCCCGCCCCACCGCUUUUGUCUCUGGACCUUGGAUUUGGGCCUGUAGCCCCCCCUGCCAUCUCCUGGGCUGCAGUGAUGUGUCGGGAGAAUGGGGCUGCAGACUUGUCACUUGGGGACCCUCUGUGACCCCUUCUGGCUUCCUUCUCUCUGUCCCAAAACCUUGCUGCCUCCGGCCCUGUGUGUUUUCCUUCCCAUUUUUGUUUUCAGGUGUUCCCCCUGAAUAGGUAGAGAGGGAUUUACUUUCUUAGAACUAAGGGACACCUCUCCUCCCACGUUUGGACUGCAGCGGCCCAAGAGGGUCUUGGAACUAGUGACCUGAGAACAGAGGGGUUAGCUUAUUUUUAAAGAUCCUGCUCGAUGUGUGGAUAGGUUUUGACAGCCGAGGGCAUUCUGUCCUGUGUUAGAAGUUGCUGUGGGAGUUCUUUCUUCCAGGCCUGCCCUCAGCACGGAGUCACAAGACCCUCCCUGUGCAGGGCGGGGGGAGGUGGGGGCUCCGAGAUCAUGUGGCCACACCACCCAGCCUGCCUUAUGGCCCCUGGAAGCCAUCGCCACCCCGAUGUUGGCCGGGCUAAGUGAGGGUGGGCCAGGGAGGGGUCUACAGCUGUGUUUUCAGCCUCCCUUUCACGGGACAGUGGAGGCCGAGCCGACGUGGCGGCCUGAGAGACGCUGUCUCUGUCUGUUUUGUGCUGUCUCUGUGGCUUUCCCAGGCCUCUCCUUCCCGGAACCACUCGGAGGUGCUGUCACUGGAUCACCAGCAUCGCCAUCAGCGUCAUCCUCUCAGCCGCUCGAGCAGGGAGCAUGUUUACACCGGGAGGCGGUGAUGGCCAGCCAGUGUGUAAUGAGAUGCAGGCACGUGAGGCCUUCUGAGCUCAUGAUUUAGAUGCUUUUCUCCUUAAUGAUGAUAUCUUUGUGACCCCGCAUCCCGAGAUUGAUGUUCCGGGUUUAUUGCCAAACUGAGACUAGUUAAUUAAAUUGUAAGUAGAGACUUCCAAAUACAGCGAUUCUCCUUGACCUUAAGAAGAAAAAGUUGUCUUGUUUUGAAUGUAGGCCAU